AAACUAUGGAGUAGUGAAGCCUGCGAUUUUUCUUCUUUGUUCUUAGCACGGCCGCCUUAUGUCACGCAGACCAGAGACCAGGUUUGAUAUGGACGAUUGCUCGAUCAUAGAAGCACGCUACCCGCUCAUUCUUGUCCCAACAUACUAUUUUCGAGCUGUUAAUUCGUCGUACGCUUAGUCUACCCGUAAGCUCCAUGCUGACGACGCCCCUCGAACUUAACAGCCUUUGCUGACGUCCUUUGAAUGCCUUCCUUACCUUCUUUUCGUUUGCUCAUUCUCACUUUCUUUAACAAAAUGCCUGGCCCUGUGUUUUCCACACAUCGCAUCGCGGCCCUUGGUGUCUUUCUCUUCUUCAUUUCUGUCUCUAUCUAUUCGGCAGCGAGUAUACACCAUGGCAACAACCCGGUGCAGCAGAUCAAGGACACAGCUAGCAGCGCUGCGAACAUGUUCAAGCACGAAAAGCCCAGAAUAAGCGACUCCUUUCUCAACCUUUAUGAAUCGAUACGAACAAAUGUCUCUGCACCAAUAUACAAAGAUCCUUCUGGACAAGAGUACAAGAUCAACCAGCAUGGACCGUGGUGGAAAACGCCGCUGAGGAAUGAGAUCCUCAUCGUCGAUAUCGACACCCGAGUACCCGACGGCGACAACGAGCUAUGGAACAACAGACGCAUGGACUGGCAAAACAUGAAUGCCGAAAAGGACGGCGGUAUGGUCUCCGCCUCGUUCAUGAACCACUUUCUCUACUCCCAAAUCCACGGCUACGACUACCGCUUCUUCAACGCGCACGAAAUGGAAUCCGCCGGAUACCACAACACUUGGGUAAAACCGCACGUCCUUUCUGAGCUCCUCGAAUCCUACCGCUUCGUCGUCUUCAUCGACGCCGACGCAACGAUCCAACACCUCGAGCUGCCGAUCGAAUGGCUAUUCAACCGCUGGGGCAUCACGCCCUCAACCUCAGUCGCGAUGCCGCUCGACACGCGGCAGAUUCUCAACGGCGACGAGAACGCGUCCAAUGACAGCAAGGGCAAACUCGCGCUGAAUACUGGUGUGGUUAUUGCGCAGGCGCUGCCGUAUACAUUUGAGAUGAUGACGGCGUGGAAGGAGUGUCCGAAUGAGAAACAAUACCCUGGGUGUGGGAACUGGAAGCAGAAUUGGAGUCACGAGCAAAAAGCGUUUUCGGAGUACAUUCGCUGGGAUUACAACCCGAGCGGGAAUGAGAUCGUCGAAAUUCCAUGCGAUGAUGCAAUGGGAUACCCUGGCAUCAACAAGCAUGCCCACAUUUUGAGCAAGUGCGCGGGUCUGUUCCUCAGACACCACACCAUUGAUAAGGCCAUGACGAAGCAGAGUACCGAGGAGGCGAUGCUGCAGGCUAUGGCGGAUCUGAUGCAUAAAAUGCUGCAGCAAAACAAGGAGAAAUUCUGGAUCAAGGAAGGGGAGAGGAAAGAGAAGAAGACGGAGAGGAUGGGUGGAAACGAGCCCGUUAUUCCAGGGACAUUGGAGCCUGCCACAUAAAAGGCUGUGUUGUUCGGUGAUUACAUAUUGUUCCUUUUGAUAAGCAUUUGAGCGGCGGCGUUUCUAGAUUUGUUGAUUGAUUGAUUGGUUUAACGUCCUAUCUGAGUCUAAGACUAUGGAAGACGACCUAGAUUUGUUGAAUUGUAAUGACAUUUCGAUACUCC